AUGAAGAACUCUAGGAAGCCGGCAAAGUCAACCAAGUCCCAGAGACGGUUCACUUACAAGUCUUUCAGAGAAAGCCUUGAUACGCUCUCGAUCACCGGCAGCACCAGAUCCCUCACAAAUUCCAGACUUCGAUAUGAAGUAGACGAUGAUUCUUUCCAUUAUAAUGAAUCCAUCAACCACUGGAAAGAACUCAAUAUCUCCAAAAACUUCACAGAAUACUGUCGUGAAACAUAUACCUUCACCAACAGUUUGGCACAGUUGAUUCAUCACCGGAAAACUGUGUUCCAGAUAUUGGUUUCCUACAUUGAUAAACAUGACAAUCUUUCACUCGAGCCACUUUUGGAUUUAUUGGUCAACUUUACCCAUGAUAUGGGGGCAGAAUACUUCAUGGACAUGUAUGAAGAAGCCAUGGUUUGCCUCACGAAAUUGGCGCUUCACAUCUCGUCAAUUGGUGAGAAUUCUACCACCACCAACAAACUGAUGUCCAACGAUAAUGUGAUCCAAUGGGAUUUCACGGCCAUCGCCUUCAUUUUCAAGCAUCUAAGCAAAGAUUUGGCCAAAGAGGAUGGGUUACGGAUCACUUUGAAAGUGUUUUACCCAUGCUUGAUUCUCGUGAAACGACAAUACAUUUCAAGAUUCGCCGCCGAAGCCAUCUCAUUUCUUUUUAAAAAAUCCAACGACGCUGCGAUUUCCGUAGUUGUCGAAUUCUUUAAAGAAAAAUUACAAGCCGAUGAUGAUCUUAAUGACCAAGAAAAAGCAGCCUUUCAGCAAUCCAUGGUAAUUCUUUUCUCAGAGUCCGUGAAAAAUGUAUCCAAUGCUUAUCAUACAAAACCUUUAAAUAUCGUGCUCAAACUCCUAAUGAACAAUGCCUUAGAGCCGGUAAUGUGUAAUGUAUACUGCGAUGUUGUUAUUUCGAUGCUUGCUCAUGGAACUGCUGAAAAUGUUGUGCCAAUUUACGAAAUCACCAUUGGGUAUUUGGAAAAUUACCCUUCAUACAACAACCCUGAAAGCUUUUCUUGUGCCUUUCAAAUCCUUUCUACUCUUUUAUUUGCAGAAUCAGGUAGAAAAACUCCAUCUUGGGACUCCCUUGUGUCAAUUGCGAGCCAUCUCAUCAAAAAACUUGAAGAUCAAAAAUUUUCUACCCCAUCGACAUUCCUGGUGGUCAGUUACUUUUUCGUGUUGUUUAUUCGUAAUGCCCCAAUGGAAGUCCUUGCUAAAUCUCAUCGCUUUAUUUUUGACUCAAUGUUAACUUUAGAUAAUGGUCGGUGGUUUAUGGGGUUUGUCGAGGCGGCAAUUUCCAUUCAGCGCGAAAAAACGUUGAUUUUCGGGUCAAAGAUUAUUUCUGACUACAUUAUCAAACACUGGAAAACCCAUGAAAGAGAAAUUGCCUGCUUCAUCACCAGAAUCCCAAGCGAAAUUCUUGCUGGCGGCGCCGGCGGUGGUAACAAGCUUUCUCUCAGUAUCACUGCAGAAUUUUAUCAAGAUCUUAUUAAAGGCUUGCAAGAAUUAACCAAUAAGAAAUCUAAAGAUGAUCAUCAGACCUUGGAGAUUUAUUGGAGAUUAUUGAUUUUGCAGCACAGUAAAAAUUUCAAAGACUACCAAGUAUUUCUUGAACUUUUCCUUAAAACUUUCAGCGCUUCUUCAUCGGGUUUCACCAUCGAAAUUUGUGGGGCCAUUUUGACCUCGUUAGCUAAGCAACAAGUAUCUGACAAGGAUAGUCUUAAGAUAAUUGAAACAAUUGUUGAAGGAAUCACCUAUACCACUCUUGAACCGGCCCAGUUGAUGGAAGAUAACAAUGCUCUUAAAAGUGCUACGUUUAUUGAUGGUAUAUAUAAUUUCCUUCUUGGCCUUGAUCAAUCAUCCAAUUCUGCCACCAUAAGAUAUAUCACCGAUAGAAAAUCACUUUUAAUCAACUCCUUGAGUAAUUGUUUAGUGGGGUCGUCCCAUGACCUUCGUGCCGCUGCUCUCAGUAGUAUUAGUGUAUUGAUGGUGAAAUCUGGAGAACCGGUUUCGGACUUGCUUAACCGUGUCCAAGGCUUAGAAAACGUUGAGCUCAACCUUAAAAAUGGCCGUGACUUGUUAUUGAGAUCCCGUCAAUUGGGCAGCGCACUCAGUACCGCCCCAACAACUGAUAGGAAAAUCGCGGUGAAAUGGUCUCUUGGGUAUUUGAAUAGUAGAUUCAAGCCUGCCUGGGACGCGAUUUUGGAAAUCAUUGGUCAAUUUGUUGCCAUCGAAGAAGAAGAACUUUGGGAAACCAUUCAUUAUUUCAUUUUCAAAAAGUACGAUGUCACUAAUGGGUUUUUCAAGAGUGAUCAACUGGAGCUUGCGUAUUCGGAUGAAAUCAUCUUUGAUGAUUGGAAUGUUUUGAGUUAUAGACUUGCGGACUCUUAUACAAAAUUCCGGGAAUCUUUUGGUAAUUAUGGUAAUUUGGAUCGCCAUCUUGUCGAGUACGCUAAACAACAGCGCACUGAGGAGGAUUCCAGUAGUUUUAUGAGAUAUCAGGCGUUGCAAGUAUUGCUCAAGAUUCCUCAGCUUGGGGAAAAGAAGGCAAGAUUCCUUGUUCCGGUUGUUUUGUCUGAAGAUGCUGACAGUGAAGAUGAUGAUGAACAGGAGAAUGAUGAUGAAUCCAAGAUCAAUGAUAAUUCCUUCUCUGAUUGGACUACCAAGGACAAGAAUUUAAUGAUUGAAUUGUUUGGGAAGUUCAAAAAUAUCAAAAAUAUUCAUAGAUCUUCCGAAGUUUAUAACCACGGUUUGAAUUUGUUAUGUUCGAAAAGCGCUGUGACCCAAAAGGCUGCUCUCAAAGUUGUACUUGCCUUCAAGGUCGAUGGUAUUAGAAAGUACACUGAUAAUUUGAAUAAUAUUAUUGACGAUUCCACUUUCAAAGAUGAAAUUGUGACGUUUUUCAGUUCGAACCGUGCCGAGGAUUUAUCCACGGUUGUUGGAGUGAUUUUGAGAAUCUUGUACGGUAAAGCCAAGGUUCGUAGUGGUAGUGGUUCAAAACAGGGUAAAAAGAAUGCCGUGUUGAAAUUAUUGGGAUCUCUUAAUGAAAAUUAUGUUGACCAAUUCUUGCGUUUGGGUUAUGACGACCUCAAGUACCCGGUCAUUUUCGAAGAAUACCAACACAACGCCAGUACUGAAGUCUUUGGUAAAGUUAAGGUGACCGAAAGAUUGGUGCGUAAAUUGCUUGGGUUUAUGAAUUUGCUUGGUGAUGUUAUCACCGAACUCAAGGCAAGAUUCCCUAGAGCCCUUGAAGGCACAUUGAAUCCUUUGAUUUAUGCCAUCGGUACUGCCCAAUAUGCUGUGGAUCAUCAACCAGAAAAGAUUGUUGAGAAAUAUAGUAAACAAGUUCGUCAAAUGGGUCUUCGUAACUUGAGCAGAAUGUUCAAUAUUUUUGGCAGUGGUGAUGUUACAACUGAGGAAGAAGACGAAGAAGAAGACGAAGAAGAUAAUACUAUAAAGGUGGAUUAUACUUUGGAUUGGGAUACGUAUAUUGGGGUCAUUUACAAUUUAAUUGUGAAACCUCGUCUUGAACACUUUGCUAAUGAAAAUUUACAAUCCCCAUCCGCCAUCAUGAAGAUGCUUUGUUCUUGUGCCCAAUCUACAGAAUUGCAUAAAUUACUCGUGGUAGACCAUCAAAGUCCAGCUGUUGCCAUAUUGCAAUUAUUUGAAAAUGCUCACUGUAAAAGCUCGGUGCUCAUGGAAAUCCUCGAUUUCGCUACCAAUGUUGUGAAUUCCGAUGAUACUAGUGAUGAAUGGGCCAAGGUUGGGGAUGCGGUCAUUGCAAGCUGUUCAACUACUUUACCACAGAUCUUGAGUCGUCCAGAAACUUCUAAAGAAGUGGUUUCAAAGGUGGUGCGCUUGAUCUUAUUAUUCAUUGAAAGAGAUUUGAUUUCUAAGGAUACUCAAGUAUUGAAACUCCUUGUGGAUACUUUGAUCAAUGCUCUUGAUAAAUCAAACUCAGAAAAUUACUUCAGUUUGACCGUUGCCACCAAAACCGAUAUUUUGACUGCCAUUUGCGGAUUAUUGGUCAAAUUAAACAUCACUCAGUACGAAGAUGUCAAGACCAUUUAUGAAAUUGUGGCGAGAUCGUUCAAGAUGUACGCUGAUAUUGGUUUACGUGAUGCUUUGGUGAACAUUGUUUGUGCCAUUGGCAAUCACUUGGAACAUUUUGUGGUGGUUGGUGAUUUGUUACGUGGAUUAAACGCCAAUAACACCUCCCGUAUGGGUGAACCGGAUUUCGAAAAACGGAUGGAGGCUUUUGCAAAACUUAACGAAGUCGAAUAUUCACAAUUGGACGCUGUUCAAUGGUUACCAUUAGUUCAUGCUUGUCUCUUCUUUAUUAAUGAUGAAGAAUUUUCCAUCAGAUCCAGUGCCAGAUACUCAUUAUCGAGAUUUAUUGACGGUACCUCACUCAAGAAGGACGAGACCCAGGCAGCUCCUUAUGACCAUGUUCUUAAGGACGUCAUUUUGCCUAAUUUGAGAGUUGGUAUUAGAAAAGACAAUGACCGAAUCCAAAAAGAAUAUGUGUUGUUAUUAGCUCACGUUGUGGAACAUUCGAAGUAUUACACUGACCUUGCAGAUAUGAAGGUUUUGUUAUUCGAUAAUGAUGAUGAAGCUAACUUUUUCUUGAAUGUUGGUCAUAUUCAAAUUCAUAGACGUCAAAGAGCGGUCCGUCGUCUUGGGAAUUUUGCCCCACAAAUCACCCCAAGCAAUAUCUCGCAUUACUUAAUUCCGAUAGUUGAGAGGUUUGUCUAUUGUGAAACUACUGAGAAUAGCAAUGCCAGAAACUUGAGUAAUGAUGCCAUUGAAAGUAUUGGGAUCUUGGUGCGUUAUAUCAACUGGAACCAGUAUAAAGCCCUCAUGAAACGUUUUGUCUCCUACCUCAAGAAUAAAGUCAAUUAUUUUAGAGAUGUUGUUCAUUUGGUGGUUUCUACGUGUACCGCAUUGAAAAUUUCCAUCAAAAAUAGAGAUGUUGUAAUGGAGAUUGAUUCCGAAGAAGUGGAUCAUGAUAAAGCGGUGAUCAAAGGAUUGUGCAAAGAUCAAAAUGAAAUUGAUAAUUUCAUUCUCAAAAGCUUAUUGCCUCAGCUCAAUGAAGUGUUGGGCAUUCGUGACGAGGACACUGCGGUGGUCAGGGUUUCUAUUUCGGAAUCCAUUGUUUCGUUGAUUUUAUGUCUUUCAGAACAACAACAAACCACUGAAUUACCAGGGGUUUUAACUAAAGUGGCGCAGAUUUUACGUACCCGUUCUGAAGAAUUACGUGACUCGGUGAGAAAAUCGCUUGGUAAAAUUGCUGUAACUUUAGGAACCAAGUAUUUGCCGUUUGUGAUUCGGGAAUUGAAAGGGGCGUUGAGACGUGGUCCGCAAAUCCAUAUCCUUAGUUUUACCGUGCAUUAUUUAUUAGUUAUGUUGAAUGGUAUGGUUGAGAUGGGUGAAUUGGAUGACUGUUCAGGAAUGAUCAUGGAUAUUAUCAUGGAAGACUUAUUUGGGGCUGCCGCUCAAGAAAAAGAAGCUGAAGGAUAUUCUUCAAAGACCAAGGAAGUCAAGCACAACAAGAGUUAUGAUACUGCGGAGAUUUUGGCAAGUUAUAUUAAUUUGAGUCAAUUUAAUUCUAUGUUACAACCUAUCAAAUUGUUGAUUGGUGAACAAAUCAGUUUGAAAACCCAAACCAGACUUGAUGAAUUAUUGAGAAGAUUCACCUUGGGUUUGAACCAUAAUUCCCAAGCAAACACCAUGGUAGGAUUGACAAUGUGUUAUGAAAUUUUCAACGAUUCCGAUAAACUAUUGGAAACCACCAAGGCUCUCCGGAAACAAACGGUGGUAAAGGAAUCCGAUGAUCACUUUUUGGUCAAGUUAAAUGCCAAACCGAUCAAGAGUCAACUUGAGUUUUCUCAAUAUUCCAACACUUUGAGAAAAUUCUCUUUGGAAUUAUUGAGAUCGAUUUUGGCCCAUAAUGAAUCAUUGGUGACAUUUGCCAAUUUGAAUGGGUUUAUUCCUUUGAUGGAACAGAGUUUACGCUCUGAUAAUGAAGGGUUAUUAAUUGCCUCAAUGAAAGUAUUGAACCUUGUGUUAUUGUUGCCAUUGGAUGAAGACGCCACAAAACGAUUGACGGUGUGUACUCGUAGGGUUUUGCAAAUGUUCAAAAAUAGUCCAAGCACCAAUUCUGAUUUAGCCCAAGCUUGUUUGAGAUAUCUUUCGUCGGUGGUGCGCCACAAGAAUGAUGAUAUUGAUUUGAAAACCUCCGCUAUUGUUUAUAUCUUGAUCAAGUUGUCGCCAGAUUUAGAAGAUCCAAGUCGUCAAGGGUUAGCGUUCAAUUUCUUGAAAGCAGUAUUAGCGCAACACGUUAUGGUUCCUGAAGUGUACGAUAUCAUGGAAAAAGUUUCAAAGAUUAUGGUGACUAACCAUACCAGGGAGAUUAGAAAUAUGGCAAGAAGUACCUAUUUCCAAUUCUUGAUGGAAUACGACCAAGGGAAAGGUAAACUUGAGAAAGAAUUCCAAUUCUUACUUGGUAAUUUGAGUUAUCCUGCGGAAUCAGGGAGAUUAUCAGUAUUAGAAUUAAUCAACUCGGUGAUCUUGAAGGCCACUUUGGAAUUAGUGCAGAAGAUUUCUGGCUCAUUCUUUGUUGGUCUCAGUAAUGUGUCGGUUACCGAUGACUCGCUCAAGUGUCGUGAAAGCGCGACCAACAUUUUGAUAGCGUUGAUGACCAAAUUGGGCGGUUCCAAUUGCCAGAAUAUUGAGUUGUAUUUGAUUUCCUGGAUGAAACAGACUUCCAACAACUUGUUAUUACGUUGUGGGUUACAAAUCUAUAAGCUUUAUAUUUCUGCUUUGGGUUUGAAUAACAAUAAUGAAUUGGAUAGUUUGUUCUUGACCCGUUUGGCCGAUAUUUUGGCAGUUGAUGAAGAUGGCGAUGAUGAUGAUAAUGACGGUGAUGAAUGGGAAUUGAUUUAUGCGUCUUUGGGAGUGUUCAACAAGGUGGUGUCGGUGGUUAAAACUUCCGCAUUGACAGAAACCAAGUAUGAGAAGUACUGGAAGUUUGUGAUUUCACUUUUGUUGUACCCACACUCAUGGGUCAGAUUGAGUGCAUCACGUUUGGCUGGGGUUAUGGUUUCUAACUUGCCUAAGGCGAAAUUUUUAACUGAUCAAGACAUUCAAAUCAUUGCCCAUAGGUCGAUUCGUCAGCUUGGUGCCCCAAAGAUCACCGAGGAACUUGGAACCCAAGUGGUGAAAAACAUUGUUCAUAUCAUGAUGUGCUGGGAGAAAAACGAUACCAAAUACAUCAAGAAGAAGGACGAUGAAGUGUAUAAAUAUCCUGUGGAAUGGCUUGUUCACAAAGCUAGUGGUAUUAUUAAGAAUGAUUAUAACAGUGGGCAGUUUGUUCAAUCGAAAAAAUCGGCGAUCAAAUUGGCAGCGAUGAUUGUUCAAGUGAUACUGGCAGAUAAGUUGAGGAUGGAAACCGUGGGCCAAGCCAUGGCAUUGGCAUUGUUUAAUUACACCGAUGAAGAACCUGAUAUCAAUGAUGAAGAUGCGAUGAUGCUAUCUGAGCUUGCCAACGAAUGUUUGAAGAUUGUCGAGACCAAGUUAGGAAUGUCUGAAUACACUAAAAUGAUGGCGAAGGUUAGGGUUCUUGUGACAAACAGAAGAGUCGAGAGAAAGGUCAGGAGAUCGCAGAUGAAGGUAAUCAACCCAGAAGCUGCUGCUAAGAGAAAGAUGAAGAAGCAUACUAGGUUUAGAGAAAAGAGAAAGUCAGAGAAAGAUGACAGUGGGUAUUACCAUGGUAAAAAGAAGCAAAGACGUUGA